AUGGGGCAAUGUGUCGGUAUAUAACCAGGCUGUGGAGGUACGAGGGGCAUGACAUAUCGGUCACACAUGGCGGUGUCAACCCAGUUGGUGUUUUUGACGGGUUUACUUUGUUCGGCGGUACAAGGCCAGUAUUAUGCCUCGCCAUACCCGUCUGCGUACUCACCGUACUCGCAACCGUGCGGCUGUGUAUCGCCACCUAUAGCUCUAUCAGCACCCGCGAGCCCGAUAUACAUAUCCCUUCCCACCCCCCAGCCGAUAUGCGUUUCUCCACCACCUUUACCACCGUUGUUAAUAGAGGUGCCUCUACCACCACCGAUGACAAUUGCACCUCCGCCUUCACCACCAAUGUGCAUAACACCUCCGCCUUUACCUCCGAUAACGGUAACGCCGCCACCUUCACCCCCGAUGUGCGUCACUCCACCUCCUUUACCCCCGAUGUGCAUAACCCCGCCAGCUCCUCCACUAAUGUACGUAAAUCCUCCGACUCCCCCACCGAUUCUCAUCGAACUGCCAUGUCCAGCUCCUAUAAUGAUUGAGCUGCCGCCUAUCAUGGUACAACCUCCCCCGUUACCGCCCAUGAUGAUUCAACCACCUCCGCUUCCUCCGCUACCUGUACAGCCGCCUGCACCAGCUCCAAUGACGAUCCAACCGCCUCAGCCACCACCGAUGUACAUCCAGCCGCCUGCUCCUUGCCCUGUCACGAUCCAGCCUCCUUGCCCAGAGUCUAUUUAUGUACAGCCACCUCCUCCUGCACCUUUGACUGUCCAACCUCCGCCAUUACCUCCGAUUUGUGUCCAACCUCCUCCCCCACCUCCUCUAUGCAUCCAGCCACCGCCUCCAGAGCCCUUCUGUCUUCAGCCACCACCACCGCCGCCAAUCUGCUUUUCUCCAUCUUGUGCUUCUGCCCCGACAUGUGGAUGCGGCAUGCCUCCAACGGCGUUGGUGGCCCCAAUUUAUUUAUAGUGCAUUAGAGGUUACUGUGUUAAGUUUUUAAUUGAAUACACAAAAAUAAAGUGUUUGUUAAUUUUUA